CAAAGCAUCCUCGUCCUUGCCAUCCAAGCAGGGGACGCGGGACCUUUCUCAGCCUCUACAGGGCUCACAUUUCUGCUGCUUCCGUGGUUUACGGAAAAUGUAAUGCUCUCUGGGCAAUGGUCACGGUGGGGGAGGGAGGACGGCGUACGGGAAGACACAUUUGUGGUUGCGUUGAACACCUGAAUAUCGACUGCGUGGAACGCUGGAGGAAAACCUAUUUGAAGAUCGACCGGCCAAGUCCUCAAAGUUCCCACGUCUGCAGCCGCAGCAGCAGCUGCUGCUCGUGUCUUCACGCAGGCGGGCGUGACGGAGGGAGGAGACUGGGGAGCAGCCAGAAAGGCACCGUGGAAAGCCUGGCGUGACAAAGGUGGCCCUGAAAUAUCGACAGAAUCCGGGCAGUGAUGAUCACUGAGUGAGAGGCACGGGGCUGAGACUGACCGAGUCGUUGACCAGAGGGAUGCUGGCAGUUAGGAAGGCUCGGAGGAAACUCAGGAUGGGGACUAUCUGCUCCCCCAACUCCAGCGGGACAAAGACAGCUGUGGAGGUCUGCAAUGCCGACUGGAUGGCCUCACUCCCUGCUCAUCUCCACCAAGUCCCCCUUUCCCAUCUGGCGAUCCCAGGCUCCCAUGAUUCCUUCAGCUACUGGGUCGAUGAAAAGUCCCCAGUGGGGCCUGAUCAGACCCCAGCUAUCAAACGCCUGGCCAGGAUCUCAUUGGUGAAGAAGCUGAUGAAGAAAUGGUCCGUAACUCAGAACCUGACCUUCCGGGAGCAGCUGGAGGCUGGCAUCCGCUACUUCGACCUGCGCGUGUCUUCCAAGCCAGGCGACGCCCAGCAGGAGAUCUACUUCAUCCAUGGGCUGUUUGGCAUCAAGGUCUGGGAUGGGCUGAUGGAGAUUGACUCGUUCCUUUCGCAGCAUCCUCAGGAGAUUGUCUUCCUGGAUUUCAACCACUUCUAUGCCAUGGAAGAAGCCCAUCACAAAUGCCUGGUGAUCCGCAUUCAGGAGGCCUUUGGAAGCAAGUUGUGUCCAGCCUGUAAUGUGGAGAGUAUGACGUUGCAAUCCUUGUGGCAGAAGAAGCACCAGGUCCUUAUUUUCUACCACUGUCCCUUCUACAAGCAAUACCCCUUCCUGUGGCCCGGAAAGAAGAUCCCGGCACCUUGGGCCAACACCACGAGUGUGCGCAAACUCAUCCUCUUCUUAGAGACCACCCUGAGUGAGCGAGCCCCCCGCGGGGCCUUCCAUGUCUCCCAGGCAAUCCUCACACCCCGAGUGAAGACCAUCGCCAGGGGCCUGGUCGGAGGCCUCAAGAACACACUGGUUCACAGAAAUCUUCCUACCAUCCUGGACUGGGUGAAAACACAGAAGCCCGGAGCCAUGGGGGUCAACAUCAUCACAUCUGACUUUGUGGACCUGGUGGACUUCGCCACAACUGUCAUCGAGCUCAAUGACUUCCUGGAGGAGGACAGGGCUUUGGCUAAAUGCUGAUGGGAUUGCUCAGUCAACUUGACAUGGAAGUUGUUGAUCAUGGGUAGAGUUCGAAAGGGUUUCCUGGUAGGAAGGGCCCUGGGCAGAGACAGAGAAGUAAGAGGAGGAGGGCUUUUUGUUUUCCUUCCUGACAAGGCCAUUUGGAUAAAGCUACAUGGCUUUUAAUUGCUUUUUCUCCCCCAAAUGUGACUUUAACAAAAUUUAAGUCCAAGGGAAGAAAGCUUCUUUCACGAGAUCAAGGUCAGAACCUCCCCAGUGGCUUAUAAUGGUGAAUGGAAGAUGGAAAUAGGGUCCCCAAGUGCUGCUGGAGUAGGGAAGGUUCCCUAAUUGGCCCAGUUUCCCUAUUGUUUCUUUUUUUUCCCCCAAGGUAUUGUGCUUGAGCCAGUGUGAAGGAUAAGCCAUAAUGGCAUUCCAGGUCAGAAGAAUGACUCAUUGCAGGUGUGAACUGCCCUAUGGGUUGGGUUGGCUUUCAGGAGCCAGGAGGUCAAGCACCAACUCACUUUGGUAUUCAUGAAUGCCACCACUUCUUCCUGAGAAAGUAAGUUAGUUACCACCAAGGCGUUCCAGCCACACAAACUCUUCCUCUGUAGCUUGCAGUGCUGGCAACUGGUCACCUUAAUUCUUCAAAUCAUUGUUUAUACUGCUCUUGGUAUCAAAAAAAGAUUCUCUCAUUUUAAAACACUGAUUCCCUUCUACUUCUUUAGGCCCCCGCUUAAAAGUGAAAAGAACAAUGAGAGGAGAGCUUUGGAGAGCCGAGACCAUAAAGAGAUAGACAUGCA